AUGGUCGGCUUCAAGCGCUUUGCUAUCCUCGCUGCUGCGGCCUGCGGCUUCGCUGCUCCCGUCGAGAAGCCCUCUGAGUUCUCUGUCCAGACCGUUCCCAACGGCUGGAUCGUCACCCUCAAGGAGGGCGUCUCUGCCCGCGACCUCGACGGCCACUUGGACUGGGUCAGCCAGCUCCAGAGCCGCAACCUCGACAAGCGUGCCUUCGCUGGUAUCGAGCGCAACUACUCCUUCAACAAGUUCCACGGCUACUCUGGAAAGUUCGACGAUGCCACCAUUGAGGAGAUCAAGAAGAACCCUGAUGUCGUCGCCGUUGAGCGUGACCAGAUCUGGACUCUCUUCGCCAUCGUGAGCCAGACCGGUGCUCCUUGGGGCCUGGGUACUAUUUCCCACAAGACCUCCGGCUCUACCACCUACGUCUACGACAACGCCGCCGGUACUGGCACCUACGCCUACGUCGUCGACUCCGGCAUCAACACUGCCCACACCAACUUCGGUGGCCGUGCUACUCUCGGCUACAACGCCGCCGGCGGUGCCCACACCGACACCCUCGGCCACGGCACUCACGUUGCCGGAACCAUCGGCUCCACCACCUACGGUGUCGCUAAGCUCACCACCCUGGUUUCCGUCAAGGUCUUCGUCGGCAACUCUGCCUCCACCUCCGUCAUUCUCGCCGGUUACAACUGGGCUGUGAACGACAUCACCAGCAACGGCCGCGCCGGCAAGUCCGUCAUCAACAUGUCCCUCGGCGGUCCCUCUUCCACCGCUUGGACCACUGCCAUCAACUCCGCCUACAACGCCGGUGUCACCACCGUCGUCGCUGCCGGUAACGAUGCCCAGAACGCCGCCAACGUCUCCCCCGCCAACGCCGCCAACGCUAUCACCGUCGGUGCCAUCACCAGCACCUGGGCCAUCGCCUCCUACUCCAACUACGGCACUUCCCUCGACGUUUUCGCCCCCGGCUCCUCCAUCCUCUCCACCUGGAUCGGCUCCACCACCGCCACUAACACCAUCUCCGGCACCUCCAUGGCCUCCCCCCACGUCGCCGGCCUCGUCAACUACCUCCAGUCCGUCGAGGGCCUGUCCACCCCCGCCUCGAUCGCCGCCCGCAUCAAGGCGCUGGCCACCCCCAACAAGAUCACCGGCACCCUCAACAGCUCCCCCAACCUGAUUGCCUACAACGGCAACGGCGCCUAA